UAGUAAGUAUUUUUUUUUUAAUUCGUCAUAAAUGGUACGGAACCCUUCAUGGGCGAGUCCGACUCGCACUUGGCCGCUUUUUUGGUACACCCGCCAUUCUGUCUCUCACCAAAUACGGCUCCGGAUAGUUUUCCCUCAGUCACAGGCAAUGUCUCGGCAGGUGCACACGAUAGGCGACAAUUUAAGGCAAACAAAAACAGCUUAAUUGGACUGGAAAGGACAAACUGGUUGCCUUAUACAGUUAAUUACGAUGUUUCCUACGAGCGUAUGGUGGGUGUCAGUUGUGACCCUGGCCGCUGCUGACUACGUCACCUGGCCUGGCUGCCCAUUGGCAACCGUCAAACGACUCAUCCAACCCAACACCCCAGACCUAGAGGCCACCAUUCUAGACCUCAAGGAAUGCAACAUCAGCCACAUUGAAUCCAACAACUUCGCACAUCCCAAUCUUGAGUUACUUGCCAUAAGGUCAAACGAUAUAGCGAACCUAGAUGCCGAUGUGUUUAAAUCCCUUCCUCAAUUAAGGUCAUUAUAUUUAGGCUAUAACAGAAUUAAAGGAAAAGAAAUACCGUCGAAUAUCUUCCAAAACUCUCGACGAUUGGAAAGAAUAGGUUUUACGGGAAAUAACAUGACCGGUACACCUCAGAUUUUACUACAAGGUUUGGAUUCACUAGACACACUUUGGCUGGACAAUUGUUCCUUGCAAGAAGUACCUUUUUUCGCCGCACACCCAUCUCUCAAACAGUUAUACCUCUAUGAUAACCAAAUUAAGACACUGGACAACCCUGACAAAUGUAUCUGGUUCGAAAAUUUAGUAAAACUCCAUCUAUAUAACAACCUUAUUGAAUCUAUUCACGAGAAUUUCUUUCGGCCUCUAAAAAAUAUAGAAAACAUAGAUAUGAGUCGUAAUAAAAUUCGAUACCUCCCAGAUAAGCUAUUUACUAAUUUAACUAGUUUAAAAACCGUUAAUUUAGAGAAAAAUCGCAUUGAAUACGUACCUCUUGAAGCAUUUAGCGGUUGUAGAAAUCUUUCGCAUAUCAAUUUAUCUUACAACAAGUUAACAUUUUUGCCGGUAAAUUUCGUUUCUCAGUUUAGUAGACUUGAGUACUUAUAUUUCGAGCGAAAUUCAUGGCAGUGUGCGUGCUUAAACGACAUACUUGUCGAAGUUAAGUCAAAGGGGGUACAAUACAGGGAUAUAGACAAUAAGGGGAGCUCUCCGGCUUGUAUAGCUAUUGACUUUCGUUGUCAUAGGUUAAAAGAUGUUCAUCGUGAGCUUUUUGAUUCUAUGAUACAAGACAGUGUCUAAAGACUAGUGCAUUAAAACAGAAACUUGCAGAAUAGGACUGAAGUGUAAAAACUAUAUUAUAAUUUAAUAAUUUCAGUAGAAAAAAAAAACAAUAAUUCGUAGGACUGCCGGCUGUACUAUAACCUAUGAUCUCACAAGAUAGAUGACCGCAGUUUACUCGCAUACAAUAGGUAUGUUGCCUAUGUUUUAAACAAAAUUUCACACCAUGCACGAAACAAAUUAUUAGAAAAACGUAGACAGCAGGUUUUUUUGACACGAUUUCACAAAAAAUUGGUGACUUGACCAUAACGUCACUUUUUCUGUGUUCAUAUAAAUUCCAUAGAAGCUAUUCGUUUUGACAGUUAGAAAAAAGAAACUGACUUGGCUAGCAGGCCAGACCAUACUAAAUAUAUGGUGUACCGAACUAUUUGGCUACUUUGGUUGCAAAGUAUUUGACGCUGACUGUACCCCAUUUUGAACAUCAUUUUAG